AUGGCUGGCGAAGAACCAAGAAGCGAACGUUUUGCCUUUGGUGCGAACAGAGCAGGAAGUAAAAAUGGUAACCAGAGGAGAACCGUGAUUGUCAUUUCCUCCACAGCAGGGAUACUGCUGCUAGCAAUGGGGACUAUCGUGUUGGAUUUCCAUACGCGAAAGAGGAAACGACUUAAUGAGGAGCUAAGAAAAUACAACUGUGAGAUGGCUUCGCUCAUGAGUAGUCUCACUGAGGAUGAAAGAAACCAUGAGCUGCCUCAGUACAGCCUAAGAACAAUGCAGGCAGCCACCAAUAAUUUCUCGAAUGAGAACAAGCUCGGAAGAGGAGGGUUUGGCGUUGUCUAUAAGAUGAACACAAUGGUCGGCUUGUCGCAGUGAAAAGGCUUUCUGAGCGAUCUGGGCAGGGGCUGAUGGAGUUUAUGAAUGAAGUUACAUUGAUCGCAAAGCUUCGACAUAAGAACUUGGUUGGUCUAUUGGGUUGCAGCGUGGAGCGGGGAGAAAAGAUUCUUAUCUAUGAAUUUAUGCCGAAUGGCAGCCUUGGUGCUUUUUUUUUGGGUGAUGAACAUCUUCAGUUCUCAUUUUUCCU